AUGCAGCCCUGCCAAAAUUGCGUCUCAUGGAACCUCUCCUGUGAAAUUGGGGAAUCACGACGUGGAAAAUAUCCCCGCCGUAAGAAAAAGGGAUCGGCUCGAUUAUCGGCUACCUCGACCAACAGCGCAGCGAAUGAUUCCGAUACCCAAGAGGCUCAGAGGUCAUUGCCAUUGACCCAGUACUCAAAGUACCCACCUUCCCGCCCAGCCACGACAGAUGAUGCCAUUCAUAAAACCGUCUUUCUCGGCGAAUCCAGUCCUCUCACUUGCGUUGUGGAUGAAGGUCGUCGAUCCCCUGCCAAUGGCUAUGCGCGUACUGCUCAAAAAGGAAGACUCCAUUACUCUAUUCCUGAGAUCAAUGGUGAGACAGAAAGUAGCGCCGAUUCGCUAGGCCUUCGCCGUAAGCUACUGCAUGAUCGCCUUACCCGCGAAGGGGCCUUGAUAUUCCCGGCACCAGCUAUAUGUGACACACUUAUUCAGGCUUACUUUGAUUGGAUGCAUCCGUGUUUCCCAAUCUUAGAUCGUGCAACCCUACAAAGUGGUUACCAAGAUGGUACAUUGUCACCUUUGUUACUACAGUCGAUGCUGUUCAUUGGAGUGAGCCUAUGCUCGGAUAUAGCCUUAGAAUCUACUGGAUUCCGUGAUAGGUACCGAGCGAAAGGUGAGUUCUAUGAGCGGGCAAAAGACAUUUAUGAUUCGGGAUGGGAAACCGAUACAGUUAUCCGGUUGCAAUCGCUAUUUCUGUUGAGCUUUUGGCGUGGAACCCCAACCGAAGAGCGAGAUGUCCGAUUCUGGCUCGGCGCUGCAAUUGGUCUGGCUCAGACGAAGGGAAUGCAUGUCAUGUCUAAAUUGUCCUUCUUAAAUUCCAAGGAUCAAAAAGUGUGGAAAAGAAUUUGGUGGGCUCUAUAUGUUCGGGAUCAACAAACAUCGGCGGCAUUAGGAUUACCGCCCCGAAUACGUGAUGAAGACUGCCAAAUAGCCGACCUUGAAGCCUCAGACUUUGAGGAUAGUGAGCCCAUCGGCCCAUCUGAAAUAUUUCGAGCACCACCGGAAGUUCACAUUCCGUAUGUGAUGGGAAUGGCUCAGCUGGCAAGGUUAUUACGAGAAAUCGUCUCCAGUCAGUAUCUACCUGGUCAUUCCAAGUUGGAUAACCCAGCCAGACCAAUGCUUCAUCGAUGCUUGACUGAAUGGGAGUCCAACCUGCCAAAGGAAUUGCAGUUUCAAAUACCCAUGACCAGGGAAGCCAUGUUUCUUAUUGGCAUGCUCCAUAUGGCUUAUAAACCGAUCUUCUUACAGCCCCCAGGGCAAUCAACGAGCUCAGAGGGGAACAUGGCAUUAGAUGCCGCAACAAGAAGCACACGCGUUCUUGAGGACAUGCUGUCACAGAACCUAGUCCAACAUGGGUCCCUUCACUUAAUCACUCACACAUUUUCGGCUUUGUGCAUUCAUACCAUUCACUUUGGGCGAGUUACAGGCACAGCCCGCAAGCUGGCAGAGCAUAGAGCUAAGCUUUGUCUUCUGGGACUGAAGGAACUACAGAAGUCCUGGGAUUUGGAGAACUGGGUUCUAGAUCUAUUCUUCCGCUCCUUGGAUGAUCGUACAGCUCGCGAUCUUCGACUGGCCGAUGUUACAGUGCCACCGUCCACGUCGCAGGUCGACGGUACCCAAACGCCCGCGGAAACCUCGCUUGCUACACCUAAUAGUGGCCCAUACGGGCCGCUUUCUCCUAAUCCCCCAGAACGCCUGUUGUCGACUACACACCCAGUUCCCCCUCAAGAUCCAGUAGAAGAUGUCGCGAUAAAUAUGGAUUGGUAUGAACUUUUGAACAUGGAGGGUGAUGAUGUGAUGGGGAUGGCGGGCUCCUUAUCAAACCCGGAUUACUUGAACCCACAAAACCUAGAGUUCCUCUACCGGUUUCUAUAG